AUGGCCGGCAUAGAACUAAUCAUAUCGUCGAUAUGUAACGCCACCUUCUGCGAAGUGCCUUACAAUGAAACUUAUCAAGCGCCGGACUCACUGGCGGAGAAGGACACCAAUUUCAUGAGUUUGAUGAAAGAAGUCAAUGGAAAAAAUAUCAAAGUUACGACAUAUAACAACACACCUCUGAGUUCGACAGAACUCGAAAAUGGCACUGUGGUCGGCAAAGGCGUGGCUUUCACCAUCCUGAAUAUUUUGCGGAAAAAGUUCAACUUUACAUAUGAAGUGGUACUACCAACUAAAAACUUCGAAUUGGGAGCUAAAAUCAGUGAUGACUCUAUUAUAGGACUUCUGAACAGCAGCAAAGUGGACAUGGCCGUGGCAUUUAUACCAACAUUGCUACCAUACCGGGAGUGGGUGUCUUUCUCAAUAGACCUUGACGAGGGAGUGUGGGUCAUGAUGCUGAAGAGACCUAAAGAAUCCGCCGCCGGGUCCGGUCUACUCGCACCAUUUAACGAUCUUGUAUGGUACCUAGUCCUUGCCGCUGUCCUAACAUUCGGGCCCUGCAUCACGUUCUUCACCCGAGUACGGAGCAAGUUGAUCACAGACGACGAAGGCGUUCUGCCCUUAAAACCAAGCUUUUGGUUCGUGUAUAGCGCCUUUCUCAAACAGGGAACGAAUCUGUCACCUGAAGCCAAUACAACACGUGUCCUCUUCGUGACUUGGUGGUUGUUCAUGAUUCUACUGUCAGCUUUUUACACGGCAAAUUUGACGGCUUUCCUGACUCUAUCCAAGUUUACUCUCGCCAUAGAAACUCCAAAGGACUUGUAUCAGAAGAACAAUCGUUGGGUCGCUUCAGCUGGCAGCUCGGUCGAACAUGUUGUCAAAACUGAAGGCGAAGACCUAUAUUUCUUGAACGCAAUGAUCAGCAGCGGUAAAGCUCGGUUUCUAUCGGUGGCUGGUGACAAGGACUUCUUGGACUUCGUGAAGAAAGGAGCAGUACUAGUCAAGGAACAAACAGUAGUAGACCACUUGAUGUAUAACGAUUAUAUUUCGAAGAAAGACGUGGAAGAGUCCGAGAAAUGCACCUACGUCGUGGCCCCUAGUGCGUUUAUGAAGAAACAGAGGGCGUUCGCGUACCCGGUCGGCAGUAAGCUGAAGGGUUUAUUCGAUCCUGUACUAACCCAGAUAUUCCAAGCUGGUAUCCUCGACUUCCUGAAGCGCAGUGACCUGCCGAGCACGAAGAUAUGUCCUCUAGACUUACAGUCCAAAGACCGUAAGCUCCGGAACAGUGAUCUUAUAAUGACGUACAUGGUGAUGGUCGCUGGAUCCGCUACCGCCGUCGCUGUGUUCGGCGCUGAGGUGUUCAUAAAACGUUACGUCUCCGGGAAACUGAAUAAGAACAAGAAAUCGAAGAGGAAGAAGUCUAAAACGGGUAAAUCAUUAAAGAGUCAUGACGAUAGUCGGCCACCUCCAUACGACUCACUGUUUGGAAAGAACCCUAAAUUCAAUGUGGAGACCACACGCAUGAAAAUGAUAAAUGGCAGAGAAUAUUAUGUGUUUGAGACGAGCAAUGGUGACAAGAAACUCAUCCCAGCUAGAGCACCAUCAUCCUUCCUUUAUAGGUCGGAUAAAUAA